GAUGUGCGCAUGUCAAAAGUAAAUGUCAUUCACACAUCAUUUUAUUUUGUGAUAUUGUGGAAACGAGUUGAAUUCAGUUGGAUUUUCUGCAUAAUACUCGGUCGUGGUGGCUCCGGGCAUGUGUAUUUAUCCAAGGAUGACUUUCGUGACAAAGAGAACACCUAGGAUAAUGAAAUAAACUGAUUCAAAUUUUGGUGGUUGGUGGUGGUUGAGACUGGUUGUAAAUUUAGUUCAUUUUUUUGUGGAUUUUCGCUUGAUUUUCUCUUCCCUUUGUGUGAUUAGACGAAGUGUCGCCAAGAUGAUACAUUCCUGAGGUGACGUGAUUCGGUUCCUGUGGUCCCGAAGGGUUCAGUGCGGUGUUAUCUAUUUUUGACUUCAAUUUGUUCUAAUUAUAUCGCGAUACUGUUUUGAUGAAUUGCCUGCGACGGAACGCUUAAAUUGCAUAUAUGGCGCCAAAAAUAGUGAAGAAGCAUCGUAUUAAACCAGCCACGUAUUCCUGAACCGCGUUGAAUUAAAAAAAAAAAUGCAAUCCGUCAGCCACCGUCCAACCAGAGCGCCGAAAACAGUGAAAAAAUUAAAAAAAAAAAACCAACGAGCUUAAAUUUAAAACUAAUAAAAAUAAUGUGUUCCAAACCUGGAAAUUUUUGAAUUAAGAACUCCCUUUUCGAAGUAGUCUUUUGAAGUAAUAAUAAAAAAAAAAUAUAGUUGCCUUCCUCUAUUAGUGUUAGUGGUCAUUGGUCCAAUACUAACUUUUCUUGUGAUUGGUGUUAAUGUUAUAAUUCAUUAGGAGUUGUUUAGUCCGAUUGUGUGAAGAUAUAUCUGUAAGCGAUGGAGAAUGCGGAGAAAGUGAGCGGUGCCGAGGAAGCUGGCCAUCUCAACAGGAAUAGAAGCUUCAAAACCAAGCAACUGGUCAGGAGUCAAGCGAUCCGCGAGUCCCAAUCGCCACCUCGUACCGUCUCGCCCGCCACCGAAAUAACGGUUAACGAGCGUGCGAUGAUCAACGAUAUACCGACGGCAACGGUUACCGAGAACAACGUUGGCAACGUUGUCGGCGACGUUGCGACAGACGCGUCUAGUCAAAGCGGUGAUAUAACGUGCGGCGGCGUUGGAAACUUUAGUGAUGAUAAGAAUAAUUUUAGUGAUGAGUUUAAGAAGCUGCCGGUUGAGAUUCAGAUCACGUCCGGAGCGUGGGACGAUCAGACCGAGCAACGUCAGAGGACGAAGCGGUGGCUGGGUCACCGCCACCACUCGGACCCCAGCCGCGACCUGCUGUCCAACAGCCCGCGCGUGGCGUGCGUGUGCGGCGCGUGCGCAGCGUGUGCGCAUUGCAGGGGUCGACGAAGGAAAAACUUGUGCCCUACGAAACAGGACUCCGGCAUCGUGUGCUCCGACGACUGCGCGGAGUGCUCCGACUCGGAACAGUCAGGAUCUCAAAACGAAGAUGGUAGAAAAUCGGACACCGCGGAUGACGACCAAACGUUUUAUUGCAGAUGUCCGGAACGCAAGGAUUUGAAGCCAAAGAAUAAUAACACAUUAAGUAGGAAUGACUCUGACGACAGGAGCGAGCCAAGCGGCGCAGAGUUAGUCAGCUUCAUAAAGCAGACGCUGAACAAGAACGCAAGAGAUAGAGUGUCGCUGUUGAGGAUUGAGAAGGAGUUACGCGCCCUAGUCAAUGACACUGGACGGUGCAUAGUACGCUUCCCAGUGAUGACGUCAUACGGGCGCAUGCUCGUCCACCGCUGCGCCGCUCUGUUCCAGCUGGCGCACCACAUCGACCAGAAUAACAAGACCGUUGUGUUGGUGUCCAAGAGUGGUACAAGUGGCGGUCGUAUCCCGUGCACGGAGUUCCGUGAAUGGUGCUCGGCCAACUUCCCGCCGAGUCCGCAGCGCCACGCCCACCAGGAUACCAAUGCUAAAUCGAUACUUAAACGCGACACCCAUUCCCUGGACGAACCAGGUACAUGUUCCCUGGCCAACGCCCGGAGCAAGUCUCUGGAGCAGAGGGAGAGGGAGUACGAGCGAGUGAGACGGAGGAUAUUCAGCACGGACAAUUGCAAUCAGGACGAAUCACAAUGUAUGUGGGCGAACAACGGGCCGGUCAAACUGCUGACGGCCGAACCGGGGCGGAACAAACUACUCAAGGUUCAGUCGCUGGAGGCGGGCCCCGCGCCCCCGGCGGGGCGCCCCCGCGGCCCGCACGUGGCCAAGAGCCACAGCUUCGCGGGCUACAGCGCGGGCCCGCGCGCCGCCCGCGCGCUCAGCAAGCAGGGUGAUCUGGCGUCAAGUAGUUGGAGGCUCUCUCCCUCCAGCUCGGGUUACAAGACUCUCAGCUUGCGGAGCACAGACUCUGUCACGCCGUCACCUACUGGCGGAGCGAGCCCCGAGCCCGCCCCGUGCCCGGCCGGGGGCCCGGGCCCGGGGCCCGGCGCGGGCGUGGUGUGGUGCGUCACCGCGCUGUCGUGCGUGCCGCCCGGCGCCGUGCUAAUACACCCACAGACCGGUCAACCGCUGACCAACCCAGACGGCAGCAUAUACCAUUACGAUCCGUCAAACCCGCCCGUGUUGUACGACGCGACUGCGCAAAAUGAUCAGGAGAAGAUCGACUCUAACGACACGCGAAGGGGGAGACUGGAGAAGCAACAUUCUUUCAUAGACAAUAACGAGUCUGAGUGUCAGCCGUCUGAAGAGAGCGCGGCUAAAUGUUACUGCGAUUGUAGGAGACAAGAUGGAGGUCAGAAGAAUAACGCUGAGAAGACGAACACACAGCCCGAACAGAAUGCAAAGCCGACAACUCCCGUCAAAAACCGUUACGAAACACAAACGAAUCACAAUCCCGAUAUGACCAAUCACAGGAGUUACGAAACGACCAAUCAGAAGCCGCCAGAGAUACCGAGGCAAUACGCAACGAAACGUUUCGAGAAUUCAAAUUUCGAACCUCCUUUCGCCGCUGAAAGAAAUUUCGAGAAUCAGAGAUUCGAAGCGACCAAUCAGAGGCCGGCUGAACAUCAGCACGCCAAUCAGAGGCCGCCGAGCGAAAUGGCCAAUCAGAGGGCGUGUGUUUCGACCAAUCAAGAUGCACAGGAGGUGCAAUAUGGUACUCAAUAUUAUCAAGGAGUCAGGAAUGAUGAGGUGACUUCCCCCCAAGCGAGUUACCAGCAAGACUCGGCGAGUAUUCAAACUAAGGUUCCCGUCAUGAUACCGGACCCUAAUAUACGUCCAAUGUCUCUGGGCAACAUGAUGUAUCCGUCGAUUGGACAGGGAUACCCUUACGUCAAUCCUUGCAGAAUGGAGCAACCCGUCCACUCGAUGUACCAGCAGAUGAUGCAAGAAGAACAGAAGCCGGUCUCAUCUUCUCCACACACCGACAGCACAUUCAGAAUCGAUCCGAGCUACCCGUAUGCGGGAGUGGAUUACACCCAGUGUGGGGGGUGUGUCGAUCCCACGGCGAUGCAGCAACGAAGUUACAACAUGUCGUCGUACGGCCAAAUGGAAAUGUCGGCGGCUGUGUUGCCCCCGUAUCCGGUCGGGAACGUGAUGAUGCAGCAGCCGGCGCUGCAGCACUAUCCGUAUGCGGAUCAUUUGCAAUGGACCAACGGCAUGAUGCCGAUGACUCCGAAAGUGUUGAUGCCCGAAUUGUACCCGGCCGUGUAUCAGUGUCCCCAGUACGGAGUGUACCCUCAGAUGGUCCCUCAGUACCCGCUGUGCCAGCCGGUGUGGCAGACGACCUUACGACACUCCAAUACAGCCACGCCCAACACGCACAAACAGACAGUGGACGACAAAACACUGAGCCGUCAGAACUCGAACGAGAUAGCCGCCAAGAUCCAGCACAUCAAGGAGCAGAUGUCCCAGCUGAAUGCCCGCGACAAGCGGGAGGAGUGGCGCUCCGGGAACGGGAUCCUGGGCAGCUGUCCCGCCAACGCGCAUGGCGAAAGACGCACUCCUAACGACGAGACUCAGCUGACUUCUGCCGCUCGGGCCAUCGUCAACAGUAUACGGAAUAUGCAAGCCAAGUCGUUUCAGCAAGCCCGGCGGCCGGAGCCGUGCCGGCCGGAGCGCCGGCGGCCGGACGACGGCGGCGGCAAGCCGGACGAGCGCGCCUACCUGCUCCGGCAGAUGUCUCCCGGCACUUGGUGCAGGCGAUCCCCCGCGCCCGUUCAUCCAGUAUUCAACCAACCGCGCAGGCCCCAUCCGGACAAUAGGAAUCAGAGGCGAUAGGAAAUUAUAAAAUUAUCAUCGCAUAUUACAAUAUGAGAGGUAGAGAUUGGAAUAAAAAGAAGUGAACAUUACAACAAAAUAAUUGGAGAUUUAUGAUUUUUUUUCAUUAAUUCGAGAUUUAAAAUAUAUUUCGUUCAUUCGUGUAAUCACGGAUAUAGAAUCCCUUGCGGGGUAGACAGAGAUAGUAGUCUCGGAAAUGUGAUAGGUUACGUUCAAUUGUGUUUGGUUUAACGUUAGAAUUGAGAUACAAAUAGUGACAGGCUGAUAGUCCAUCGCCUAAAAGAAAAAUCACAAGGUUACAUGCUCUGUCCCUUAGUCGCCUUUUGCGAUAUCCAUGUAUAAGAGACGGAUUGGUCCUAUUCUUUUUUUAUAUUAGUGCCGGGAACCACACGGCACUUAUUAGCUUCAUACGAGUAACGUACAAAAAUCAAUUCUUAUCUCUACAUACAUACAUACAUAAGUCUUUUCAAGACUGUUGGCUCUGUCUACCCCGCAAGGGAUAUAGACGUGACCAUAUGUAUGUAUGUAUGUAGAGAUAAGAAUUGAUUUUUGUACGUUACUCGUAUGAAGCUAAUAAGUGCCGUGUGGUUCCCGGCACUAAUAUAAAAAAAAAGAAUAGGACCACUCCAUCUCUUUCCUAUGGAUGUCGUAAAAGGCGACUAAGGGUUAGGCUUACAAACUUGUGAUUCUUUUUUUAGGCGAUGGGCUAGCAACCUGUCACUAGUUGAAUCUCAAUUCUAUCGUUAAGCCUUAAAUAGCUGAACGUCGCCAUUCAGUCUUUUCAAGACUGUUGGCGCAGUCUACCCCGCAAGGGAGAUAGACGUGACCAUAUGUAUGUAUGUAUGGGAUUUUUUUUUUGGUUUUUUUUUCAUUGGCUCGGUGUGUACGCAGUCGCACAAACUUUUGGAAAUAUUUAAAAAAAAAUGUUGAUUUGUUUAUUUUUGUUUUAAUUUUUUUCAUUGGCCCAUUGCGUGCGCAGUCGCACAUGACAUGAAAUUGAGUGUGAUAAUACAUAGUGUUCUCAGACAAUCGUUUGGGUCUACGAUCGGUUUAUUUGUUGUUAGAUGUUGUCCCCGACUUCGUUCGCCGUAUAAUUGAAUCUGUGUGUGUGUGUGAUGGCUCACUGACAAUAUCAAUAAAAAAAAUCCCCUGAAUUCCCAUGAGAAAUUUUUGUAUACCACUUUUGAAGUUGGACCAAAGCCUAACUAGGUAUCUGAGCGAUACCGCAUCCAAAUCGGAUCAAUAGUUUUCGAGUGAUGUUGAGAUUGAGAUUUAAAUAGUGACAGGUAGCCUAGCCUAUUGCCUAAAAGAAGAAUCCCAAGUUUACAAGCCUAUCCUUUAGUCGUAUUUUACGACAUCCGUGGGAAAGGGAACCACACAUAAAAUCGAAUCGAUUAAAAAAUUUCAAAAGUUCUGUCAUCGAAUCGUUCGUCGUUCCAAACGAUUGUCGGUACAUCGUUUCAUGACUCGUACAAAGUCGAUUUGAACCACAGCGUAAAGAUCUCACUGGAACUGAAAGCUAGUCAUUAUUUUUUU